GUGACGUCAUGACGCACGCAGCUAACGCUAUACAAAUUUGCGCGGUUCAGUGUUAUGAACUGAAGUUUAUCCUCACACUGCGGUUUGGUUACCAAACUUGUAAUAAAAGGUUUACUGGGAAUCGAUUUACAUCGUUUACAAAACCGAUAAAAUGUCCAAGCGGGAGGCGUUUUUGGAGUCCGCCUGUAAGGAUAAUGUGGAGGACUUCCUUCAUUACAUCCAGCUUCAUAAAAAUGCAGCAGAGCCUUUCAACGUUGAGGAGGUGGUGCAGGAGAUGCCCCAAAGCCAGAGAGAGGCUCUGUGGGGAAGACUGGCCUCUCUGCUUCAGGAUAUCCUGCUGGAAUUACCCCCUGAACACUGGGGGCAGGACAUGGACACGGAGUCAGCUGUAGACAAAAAACAUGUUAUAGAUGUUGUGGAUGGUGUGACACUUGUGGCUUCAGUAUCACUGAAGGUCUUACAAGAUGGGGACCUUUACACAACACUGCUAGAAAUAAUCCACAAGCUUCACGAUGUCCUGGUGGCGCUUCCUGUCUCAGAGACCCCUGUGCAGUGCAAAAUCCACAUACUGUGUGAGGCUUGGUGGAAAAAGGGUUUGAAGGACAAAGAAAUAUUUGGUCGCACGGCCUUCCUCAUCUCGCUGCAGAAGAGCUUUGUUUUGAAGAAACCAAAUGCUGAGAUCCAAAGAGUCUGGAAUCUCCAUGAUGUCCUUUUGAGUGUGGACUACGCAUCAGAAGGCAACAAGCAGAUCAACGACUUGUUGGUUCAGUGCUUUCACCGUCCUCUGUACAUUAGAAAUGAUGAUGGAAAGCGUUUCCUGGUGUUUCUUUUUAGCUGGAACAUUAGCUUCAUCUGGGUUAUUCAUGGCACCAUCAAAAACCAGCUGGAGUUUUAUAGCAAGACAAUGACAUCUCACAUAGCCGAGAUAUACUACAGAGCAUGGAAGAAGGCCACAGGCGACAUCAUGGAGCGUAUUGAGAUUGCAUGCAUACAGGACUUGAUGCAGUGCGCAAUCUCCCUUCAUAGAACUUCCCCUGUCCAUAGCAAAGUCCGGCAGAUUUUGAGCUAUUUUCACAAAAGGACAGGAUGUCACCAAGUGGACAAGAUGCUGCAUAACCUCUACAGGCCGAUUCUGUGGAAAGCUUUAUGUGCUCCUAAUUUUGAGGUGCGAGCAAAUGCCACUUUGCUUUUCACCGAGGCCUUUCCAGUGCAUGACCCAGAUCAGAACAACAAAACUAUGGAUGAGGACAUUCAAAGGCAGCUGGACACAGCGAUGGGUCUCCUUGAAGACCCUCACCCAACUGUGCGCACCACUGCCACUCUGGGGGUCUGUAAGAUCUUGGCUAAGUGCUGGGAGCUUCUGCCUCCAACAAUCAUCACAGACUUCCUGAAGAAGUUGGUGGUGGAGCUGGCAAAUGAUAUCAGCUCUCCUGAUGUUCGUUGCUCUGUCUUCAAGUGUCUGACAAUCGUACUGGACAAUCCCCUGAGCCACCCGCUGUUAGAAAAACUCCUGCCCACUCUUAAGAACAGCCUCCAUGACAACUCGGAGAAAGUCCGCUCAGCUUUCCUUGACAUGCUUAUCAAGGUUAAAGCAGUUCGUGCUGCCAAGUUUUGGGAUGUGUGCAGCAUGGACCACCUGCUGGCCCGUCUGGCUGUUGACCCUCCUUCAGUCUCCAAGCGUAUUGUGGACCUGUUUUUCAAGUCCUUCUUUCCUGUAAAUGAGUCUGAAAAAGAGUGGUCCCGUCGGUGCAUUACUCUCAUCCAGAUGAGUCCCAUGGCUGCCAGGAAGUUCUAUCAGCACGCUUACAGACACACGGCUCCAACGAACAUAAUCAAACUGAUGUUGGCCAUUCGCCGCGUCUUGAAUAGCUGCAUUCAGGUCGACUUUGACAUGACUGAUGUUAAUGACAGCAACAAGGAGAACAGUGCACAGGCUGAACCUGUCACACUGGGGAAGGACACUGCUGUUGUGUCCAGUCUGCUGGAGGUUGUAGUCAUCCUGUGGAGAAGUGUUGAGAAGGCUUUGAAACAAAAUGAAGAAGCCCAGAAGUACAUCUUUGCCAAGUUUGGCAACGUCAUGAGCAAGUAUUUCCAGACCUUUGAGGAUGAGCGAUGUACUGUUCCUCUUGUACAUCUGGCCUCGUUUAUGCCCCCAGCUCUAGUCCCAACAUUCAGCUGUGGCGUUCUGUCCAGACUGAGGAAGCUGGACCCAGAAGCUGUGCCAGCUCAGUACAGCCAGUUAUUAGAUUGUCUCUGCAGCUGGGGCCAGGCUGCUGACGUCCUUGAACUCAUCACUGACUGGCUGACUGAAGCCGUUCCCAAACAAGGGGAGAAGACAAACACUAGUCGAAAGGUGCGUAUCCUGGAGACGAUGGAGGCCAAGCCAGACCUGGCACUGACGUACCUGGACUACCUACUCAGCCACAGCUCAACCCGAGACAAAGUCCUUGCUCUGGGUCAGGUGCCACUGAAGCAGCUCCAUACUGUUCUUGGAAACUGGAAGUCAGUGCUGCACAUUCACCUCAACUCCAGGACCGAGGAUCCUAAAGUUCCCAGCGUGGACACUGCACUGAAAGCCUUCAUGUACUACGGUCGUCUCGGUGCACACCUGCAAAAUAAUUCCAUGGAGGGUCGUGAAUACCUGAUGUCCCUGGAGCAUAUGGCAGCUUGGGUGGCUGAGAGGGUGUUACCUUUCCUGGUUAAAGGUACCAACGCUGAUGGGAGGGAUUCAGAGAACUCACAACAACUGUCCUUACAAAUAACAGAGAGUUUCCUGUCAGUGGGCCGAGAUGUUUUUCUUGUGGGUUUGGGCGACGAAACAUUCAAGAGUCAAAUCCUCCACCUGUGCUCUCUGAUUAUCCUCUCGGGGGCAGGUUACCUGUGUAUCCCUGCCGUGCUGUCGGUUCUGAAGGAGGUGGUUGACACUUGUAUACCUGAGGAAAACCACAAUGAUCAGGAGGAUCCCACCACUGUCAUGCUGGGCGUUGUAGCCAACAUCUUCCAGAAGAUUAUAGAGUUGUUAGCCCGUCGCCUUAGGAAGGAUCAGGAGGAGGGAUUACAGCUGUGUCAGUCGGCUGAGCCUGGUCUGAAAGACUUUCUGCAGGUAGCAGAAACCUGGGACACAGCACCUCUCAGUGGAGUCUUCUCCACUGUGUUUGCUGUUGUCAUUGUGGAGAAGAGACAUCUGCUCCAAAAAAUUACCCAUCCUGAAGAGGUGAUGACUCCUGAGACAGUAGAGGACAUGCCUCCUCUAGCCAGGACCCUUCUCUCUAUCAUCCUCGCAUCACCAUCUGUUUGCAGGGCGUUUUUAAGGGAAGUCGGCUCAUCCCUGGACUCCGAGGCCAUCGGCUGCCUCAGCGAACUGGCUGCUGUUCUGCACAUCUUGGCUGUGAUCAAACAUGCAGGACAGUGUAAAGGUGCCUUGAAGAGCGCAGCCACUUCAGUCCAACAGCAGCUUCACAAACACGCUGUCACAGAUGCAGACAGCACAGGCAUUCCGAGGGUAAUUUAUGAAUCAUCUGUGAAGACGUUAAAUGAAAUCCUGGAUUUGUAAAUGUCUUUAGAAACAGGCCAGUGUCUUAUUUAAUAUUUGCUUUACAUGUAUCUUUAAAGCAGUGAGAAGUGAUGCCGCAUGAACAAGCACCAGUGUUUUAUCAUGUUGGCUCCGCACAACAAGAAUAAAAUGUGGUUUCCUAGAUUAUGCUGCAGCUGAGUUCUGCGUUUUUAAAUUUCAGCUCUUCAUGGUUGUUUUUGUUUGUUUUUCAUGUUUCUGUAUCUGUGUGGGUUUUUUGCUUUGUUUUGAUUUGACUGUCUGACUAUAAGCUCUAUUUUGCUGAACUGAAAAAAUUAUAUUUGUGCAUUUAUUAAAAAAUUAAACUACUAAAACAGUU